UGAAAGGUUUGACAAGGAUCCUGUGUCCGAAUGAGUGAGGGACACAGGCUGAAGAGUGCAGUCCUGCCUGCGCCGGAUACCUUUUAAUUUUCUCGCGGUUUGUUCUGCGCCCGCGUUUUAUUAAUGGGAACUUGCAAUUUGAUUGUAGUAAGCCUGGAAUAUCUGAAACUCCACAGGAGCUCCUGAAAAUAUACACAGCAGACAAGAGAGGGCAGCCGGGAAUUGGCAAGAGUUUGUUCUUCAGGAGGAAACAAGGAGUUUUGUUCAAAUCGUUUACCAUAUUCCUCAAAAAUGGAAAUCUUCCCUUCCACUGAGGCUGGCUAAUGAUGUGAGUAGGAAAUGGCUGAGAAGCAAGUCAAGACUUCCUUCCUUUUCGUCCGGCUGCAAUCCCCGUCCAGCGGGGCUGGGCAGGCGAAGGGGCGAUGCAUCCAGGACAAGCCCGGCUCCGAGCGGCUUGCUGCGGCCAUAGACACCGGGGGCGUGGCUGGCGGCUGCCACGACAACCGCAAACAGUCCUGCCAAGCCUUGUGCGCUCAGGGGCGACCUGAGGUCGAGGUGGGGCGCCGCUGGACAGAUGUUGGCAGCUGCGGACCGAGCGCUUGCACACCCGGCGGUGCAUGCAAACCGGGCGCAAGGCGAAGCUUGUCUCCCUCGGCCGCUUCCCCCACGGGUAAGACGGGCAACUUCCUGGAUGCGGUGACUGUGCAGAAGAGUGCACCGUGGAGCAGAGAGAGUGCAGGCUCGGAGCUAGCGGCCGGCAGGGUGCAGCUGCAGCAGUGUGCAGCCGGCUUCUGCAACCCGCUCACCUCGCGUCAUGCGUCCAGCUCCAGGAACGACGGGCUCCGAUGGGAAGUAGAAGUCAGCAAGCCCAAAGUGGUGGAGUCGCCCACCUUCAGCAAACCUCCCCUCCCGGCGAAUCAACCAUUUAGUUCUGGGGUGGUGGAUUGGUCACGAAGAUCAGGUGGCAUUCAGGAAAGGACAUGCCACCCGUACAACCCAGCUCCCAGCCUCUCCACAACCACACUCUCCUCUCCCACGAGUCCCAACACGUUGGAAAAGACUGAGACAUUUGUCUGGAUCAACAAGACGUCGCCACACGCACAGAGUGUCGCAAAGGCUAAAUAUCAAUUUUUAUUUGGAACACCUACAGAAGACAACUCUUUGGAAAGGGGUUGUUUCCAGUCAUCGGGAGAGGAUAGUUGCAUGAACUCCAGAUUUUCCUCGGAGCUGAGGUCCAGGCAGGCCGAGGACCGGAUUUGUGUGCCGGUGUUGGAUGUCAGGUUGUGGGAGCCGGACGUGCUGGUACUGGACGGCAGGGAGGAGAAGCGGCAGCCCACGAGCGAGCCGGCGCCAGGAUGCUCCGGCAUUCCCAACAGCGCGGCGCUGAUGACGGCAUUCUCCGGCUCGGGACACGCGAAGACUGACCCGGGAGAGGCGAAGGCUGACCGUGGUGCCGAGAGAACGGCCGUGAGAGGGAUCGCCGAGCUGCUGGUCAGCACGACCAAGGUGGCCACGGCGGCCAUGUUUGGGGCCGCCCGCAUCCAGCAGGCCGAGCUGUUGCUACUGGACCAGGGGACGGUGGCUUUGGGGGAGAGCGAGCUCGUGAAGCCGAUGACGGACGAGAGGGACCGGCAGGAGUUGGCCGGAGGCGACAAGGAGACAGCACAGACUCCAUCCUUGACCCACAAGGACAUUGGCCUGGUGGUGAUGACGAUGGAGGAACCAGGCGGCCAAUCUCUCCCGCAACUGGGGGCAGUGGCGGAGAAAUCCAGAGACCUACGGCCAACGAAAGACAGAGCGUUGGCGCCGGCGUUGGUGAGCAAACCCGCCGAGUCUGCGGACGUCAGCCCACGGCUGGGCCGACCUAGCAAUAAGGACAAGGGGCAAGACGGCCAGUUCAGAAACAGUGCAACUUCCAGGGACGGUGAGAAAGACCCCUUGAGUCCAGUUCAGUUGGAGAUCAAAAGUGACGAUGAUGACGAAGUCUUUGUGAGCGCUAGAGAGAGUGAAGAGAGUUUAUCAAGUGAACCCUCCAAGGAAAACAAAUCAGCAAAUUUACCGAUGGUGGCAGCAAUGAAGGAGUCCGAGUUUGAAUAUUCAUGGACCUCGCAGAGUGAGGUGACCGACAUCUUCAGCUCGCAGUUUGAACAUAUCAUGGAGUGCCAGCAAAUGAAAGGCACCUCAUACAACAGCCUGGACUCACUGGACAUGUCUUCCACUGACGAGAGCGAGCGUGGCUUCAGCUUUGACAUGCCCCUCACCCCCUUGAUUCAGCAGCGGAUCAAGGAAGGUAGCAGUGCGUUCCUGGAGGACGGGCUCUCGGAGACUUCCCCUGGGGGCAAAGCAUCUCAAUGCUACUUUACAGACUUAAACUGGACUUCAGAGAGCAGCACAGAGGAGUCAACAAACAGCAGCGUGUCGGACAAUGCAUUCCACAAAUAUUCUCUGAGUUCCCUGGCAAACGGAGCACCUCACCAUUUGGAUAUGCACGAUGAGAAGGCACGUACUACCUCAAGUGACUGUGGCCUGAAAGAAAUGCGUACGGAUGGGGCCCUUGAAAUGGGCAGCAUGGAGCAGCCAUCGCUCCACAGUGGUACGGACCUGGUAACCAAUGGCAAUAAGAGUGACCUGGAAGCAGCCAAGAGGUUGGCCAAGCGACUGUACAAUCUAGAAGGGUUCAAGCGAUCGGAUGUUGCUCGACACCUGGGUAAAAAUAAUGACUUCAGCAAGUUCGUAGCAGAAGAAUACCUCAAAUUUUUUGACUUCACUGGGUUGACCUUGGACCAGUCCCUAAGAUUUUUCUUGAAAGCAUUUGCACUAAUGGGAGAGACUCAGGAACGGGAGCGGGUUCUGAUCCACUUCUCCAACAGAUAUUAUCAGUGUAACCGGUGCUCUAUUCCUUCACAAGAUGGAGUCCAUUGCCUUACUUGUGCACUGAUGUUAUUGAAUACAGACCUCCAUGGCCAUAAUAUUGGGAAGAAGAUGACCUGCCAAGACUUCAUUAACAAUUUGGAUGGAUUGAACGGAGGGAAGGACUUUACAAAAGAGCUAUUAAAGGCGUUGUACAAUUCAAUCAAGAACGAAAAGCUGGAAUGGGCAAUAAAUGAAGAGGAGUUGAGGAAGUCUCUCUCCGAGCUUGCUAACAACAAGACAGAUAAUGCUGGAUCCAAGACCAGCAAUCGAAUUGGCUCCAGCACUAAUCCGUUCCUUGACAUUCCACAGGAUCCCAAUGCUAAAACAUACAAAGCUGGCUUUCUCUCACGAAAAAUUCAUGCAGAUAUGGAUGGAAAGAAAACUCCGAGGGGAAAAAGAGGUUGGAAGACAUUUUAUGCCGUGCUCAAAGGCAUGAUUCUUUACUUGCAGAAGGAUGAAUACAAGCCAGAGAAAAAUCUGUCUGAAGACGACUUAAAGAACGCAGUCAGCAUCCACCACAUGUUGGCGAUUAAAGCCACCGAGUACGAGAAGCGGCCCAACGUGUUCAAGCUGAAGACCGCCGACUGGAGAGUCUUCCUUUUCCAGGCACAGAACCCUGAGGAGAUGGAGUCUUGGAUAAAUAGAAUGAACCUGGUGGCGGCCAUGUUUUCUGCCCCUCCAUUUCCAGCUGCUAUCGGUUCACAGAAGAGGUUCAGCCGCCCACUUUUGCCAGCCACCACAACCAAGAUGUCACAGGAAGACCAGAUGAAGUCGCAUGAGGCCAAGUUGAAGCAGAUAUCCACUGAACUCACUGAGCACCGCUCCUACCCACCCGACAAGAAGGUCAAAGCCAAGGAAAUUGAUGAGUACAGACUGAAGGAACACUACCUGGAAUUUGAGAAAACUCGGUACGAGACCUAUGUUCAGCUCCUGAAGGAAGGGGGGCCCGAGAUACUGAACAGCGUGGAGAACGAUGCCACUGGGAUGAAGAAGUCACACUCCAGCCCAUCACUCAACCAAGAGAUGCACCCCGUAAAUGCAAAAGUCAAGCGCAAUGUCUCGGAAAGAAAAGACCACAGGCCCGAUACAGCCAACAACAAGCAGAAGUCUUAACUCCACAGCAGGAAGACAUCUCCCAACCCCAGUCACCCAAACGUAACCAAGUGACGCAAUCUGUGACUUGUAUAUUUUUGUGCAAAAUAUUAUUUAGAUGUCAACUUUUUGGUAACAAAAAUUGUGAGUAUGUGACUGAUACGCUUGUCCUUCCUUUGCAGACACUCCAAUAGUUUUUAAUAUAUAUUCUUUGGUUGUUUGUAGGUUGACUUUUUUUUUAAAAUAUUGCCUUAAAGAGACAGACUCCUAUGUGUUGGCCUGCUAUUUUAGAAACUGUUAAAGGUCUUUCAGUCCAAGGUUUACACUAGGUGGCUAUCAAUGAUUGCCAGCCUGCAAACAGGUAUGUGUCAUCUCCAAGCCAGAGAGAUGGCACAGGCUGCAUUUCAGUGACGUGCGCAUAUGAAGUUGGGAGCAAGGUGGCUGCUGUCAUUUGCAGUUCUUUAUUUUGUCAUUUCUAAUGGCUUAAAUUAUUUUAAGUUGUCAAACACUCACAAAAGAAAGUGGAGUGGAGUGAAGUGAAGAUUUCUCUGGAUGUUUUUUUAUUUUGUAAAGAAACUUGGCUUUGUUCAGUGUAGCUUUCCUGAAAUCGGCGAGAAGCAUUCCUUUUGUGUGCUGUUGGCUGGGUCCUCGAUUACUUCUCCUCUAUGCAAGUGGAGGAUGCAAACCCCUCAACUUUCCUACUCGCUCUGCAUUUACCCAGCCUCCGUCCACCUCCAGCCGCCACCAUCAAUAGAUCGCUCGGGGCCCACUGCCUUUAAGUGAUUCCUGGGAAGCGGCCGUAUCCGUAUCCGCAAGCAGUUGGUGCUCCGAGGAGAGCAGCAGAAUCUCCCUGUCGUUAACGCAUCAGCCACUUAGCGAUAGUGUUACUUCAGCGUUUAGUGACACCACGUGCCAGUGGCCCAGUCUCUCUGCACAGCCACCCCACGUAAAACAGCUGCUACUGAGCCAUGAGGCUGUCGUCUUUCCAGUGUUAGGAAAACAAAAUAGUUUGAAACACUUUCUGUUUUGACAGGAUCACGUGGCUCCAAUUCUACGCUUACUACGAAUGCCAAACAAACUUGUUACCUGUAUAUGAUGUUUCCUUGACAAGAAUAUAACAAAUAUAUCAAAGGUACUAUCUGAACCCUAUUGAUUGUAUCUUUAAAAACUAGUAUUUAUAGUGCACUUUAAACAGGACACGUAGCUUGAUCACUUGUUUUUAUUGUUUUUUUUAAAGAAUAUGCGUUUGUCUUCCAUUUUGUUGUUUAGUUCCAGGCACUUACAUGCAGGCAAGUUCUGGGAUCAGUCAGACAAGUUCAUAGAGGCAGUGUUGUUGAAGAAUUGAUCAGACAGAGCGUUUGAUUGAAGCAGGAAAUUGCAUUUUGCCCUGACAGCCAAAGCUGUAAUUGAAUUCCUAUAGUAAUGAGGCUGUAGUUUAACCAUCGCCAUGCCAAUGAAGUAGGGGUCUCGCACCUGAAGGAAGAGCACAGCACUGUGCCUAAUUGGGGACUCCAUUUUUAUCCCAUCGAAUGUGGGGAGCUCGUUUCUUUUCCAUAAAGAAAUGACAUCACGCUCGCUUGGCAGAAUGUCACUCAUACCUUCUGCAUCUGCAGAUAAUAAACGGCUGUAAUGGAAUUUAUAGUGAAAAGUGGUAUCUGCUAAGUCAUGCAUUUUCAGAGGCAAAUUGGUGUCUCUGCUCAGUGACAUUUGGUAUUUCUCUGUGCUGUUAUGAUAUUUAUUGAUGUUCCUUGUUGCAUCUCCACUCAGUUCUAUAGUCCAGUGGAUUUUUUUAAUGUUUUCUGUAUAUAAUAGAUUUACUGUACAACAGCAUGCAGGAAGCUUACUUUCUGCUGCAAAUGUUCCUUGUUUUUGCAUGCUGUCCUCUUGGAGAGACAAGAGUUCACAUCAAUAAAUUCUAUUAGAUGUUG